GUUUAUUUUUCGCUUUUCUGUUUUAAAUUUUAGCGGUAGACAUGUACGCACCGCUAAAGUUUAGUACUCGCCCAUGAUGACUGAUGAAAUCUGAGUUGCUGACACAUCGGUGCGUUAAGAGUCACGUGAGAUUAUUCAUCUCUGCUGACUUUAGAGUUGAGUAAAAGUACUUAAAAGUCGCCAAUUUUCGCCAAAUCCAGUUUUGACACAUCACAUCAAUUUCCUCUACAAUGGCUAUCAAAGUUCUUGGUUUGGCUCAGUCCACUUGUACUCUUCGCGUCGUCGCCGUCGCCAAGGCUCUUAACAUCCCCCUUGAGGUCGAGGCCGUUGAUUUGGCUAAAGGUGCCCACAAGUCCCCUGAAUACGUUGCCAAGUACCAACCUUUCGGUCGUAUUCCCGUCUUGGUUGAAGACGACUUUGUUCUCUACGAAUCCCGUGCCAUUUGCCGCUAUCUCGCCAACAAAUUCCAAACUAAAGAUACCGUUCAGUUGAUCCCUACUGAUCCCAAGGAAGCUGCUUUGGUUGAGCAAUACAUCUCUGUCGAGACCUCCGAGUAUGGCUCCGCUGUUGGCAAGUACGUUUUUGAGGUCGUUUUCAAGCCCAUGAAAGGUGGUGUCACCGAUCCCGAAAUUGUCGCCAAGGCCCGUGAGGAAGUCAUUGCUGCUCUUAGCGUUUACGACAAGUUCUUGGAGGGUAAGUCUUACCUCGUCGGUGAGAGCUUCACUUUGGCUGAUAUUUGCCACCUUCCCUAUGGACAUUAUGCCUGCCAAGCUGGUUUGGCUGAUGUCUUCGAUUCCCCUGAACGCCCCAACGUUGCCCGCUGGUGGAAGACCAUCACCAACGAGGCUGCCUGGAAGGCUGCCCUCGGCCAAUAAAUGCUUUCAAUUGUUACAUAGUUCCUCUCAAAAUAUAGCACACCUGUUUCUUAAUAAAUUGUUGCUAUGAUAAACAUCUCUUUGCGAAAAAACCGGAAAGUUGUGACGAUAUGAGUUACUAUGCGCUUGAUUAAACCGGCAUUGCAAAACAUGAAAGUUAUUGAUCCCACUGGAGCCCUUCAGUAGACAAAUGUUGUGUAACGUCUAGACAUGGUAUGUCA